AUGCUGGGGACUCUCCUGACCCCUCUCCUCUUCCUCCUGCACCUGACCUGGUCUGUACCUCAGCCACCCUGCAGCCGCUGCUGUGAUGACCUCCCGCAGGCAGAGGAUGUCGGGCGGAACAUACCUGAAGUGCACACUUACAUCAACAUGACCAUCCUCAAAGGUGAUAAAGGAGAUAAGGGUGAUAAAGGGACACCAGGUAAGCCUGGUUUAGAAGGUCCUCCUGGACUUCAAGGCCCAGAGGGCCCCAAAGGCUCCAAGGGCCAAGCUGGACCUCCAGGUGACCCCUGCAAAUCAGAGCACUCAGCGUUUUCAGUAGGGCGGCGUAAGGCCCUCCACAGCGCCGACUAUUACCAAGCCCUAGUGUUUGACACCGUCUUCGUUAAUGUCCCUGAACACUUCGACAUGUUCUCUGGAAAGUUCAGCUGCCGUGUCCCAGGAAUCUACUUUUUCAACAUAAACAUCCACACAUGGAACUUCAAGGAGACCUACCUACACAUCAUGCAAAAUGAGGACGCACAAGUCAUCAUUUACGCCCAGCCUAGUGACCGCUCCAUCAUGCAAAGCCAGAGCAUUCUGCUAGCCCUCAAACUGGGAGACGAGGUGUGGAUUCGGCUUUACAAACGUGAGCGCGAGAAUGCCAUCUACAGCGACGAUGUGGAUAUCUACAUCACCUUCAACGGGUACCUCAUCAAGUCUGAUACAAAAUAAUAGGCAACACCUUGAAGGAACAUGGAGUUUUCAUGGUGUUAAAACAGGAGUUUUGUGAUAAGUCAGUCUUUUUUAACCCCAGGUUAACCCCAGGAUUUGUUUACCUCACCUGCAUUACCUUUAAAAGGCACAUAAUCAAGAAAGGACUAUGGUGGGUAGACCAUGAGUUUAAUCUCACCAGACAAAGCAAGUGUACAAGUUGAGCCACUGAAUUUUGUACAGUAUAUGUAAGCAUACAGUUAUGGCGACCUCUUGUUUGUGCAUUAAUUUCCCACUUUUUCAACUCCACUGAUAACAUAGUUAUAUAGUUACAGACUGUUGUCCUGUGUCUGGUUAUCUGCAUAAUUUAUUAUUAACCUCCUUUCACCCUGUUCUACAGCAAUAGUCAGGACCACAAAGGAGAGACCACCACAGAGCAGCUAUUAUUAUUUGGUUGGUGGGACAA